AUGGAGGCGGCAACAAAGGGCCACUUUCGCCUCGGGGGCAGGGAGUUCCCCGAGGUUAAAUGGUGGAAAGAACCCAACAUGCGGAAGACCUACAUCUGCCUGAUGUUUGUCAUCCUUACAAGCGCAACCAAUGGUUUCGAUGGUAGCAUGGUCAACGGACUGCUUGCUUUGGAGCAGUUUCAAGAUUAUUUCAACGACCCCAAGGGUUCAAUUGUUGGCCUCUUCAGUUCUAUCAUGUUCCUAGGCGGCUUGGUUGCACUACCUGUUGUCCCUUACGCUGCCGACAUGCUCGGCCGCCGGAUGGCCAUUUUCAUUGGCUGCAUCAUCAUGAUCUUUGGAGUUGCUCUCCAGUCCGCCAGUAUCAACUUUCGCAUGUUUGUCGCUGCCCGGUUCUUUAUCGGAUUUGGCGUUGCCAUUGCCCAUGGUGCCUCGCCGCUACUGAUCACUGAGCUGGUCCACCCGCAACACCGUGCUGCGUACACGACCAUCUACAACACUACCUGGUACCUGGGCAGUAUCAUCGCUGCUUGGCUCACUUUUGGCACAAACCACAUUCCAAACCACUGGUCGUGGCGUAUUCCUUCUCUUGUGCAAGCUCUGCCCUCAAUCCUCCAGCUUGCCUUCGUGUGGAUAGUCCCCGAGUCUCCAAGAUGGCAUAUCAACAAGGGUCAUGACGACAAGGCUCUGGCUACCCUUGCUAAAGUCCACGCAGAGGGCAACAUCCACGACGAGGUCGUUCAGGUCGAAUUCGAGGAAAUCAAGCACACUCUGGCAAUCGAGAAAGAAUUCGAAGGCAACGGCUGGUUUGAGCUCAUUAGGACGAAGGGGAACCGCCGCCGUGUGAUCAUUCUCGCUACUCUCGGUCUGUUUUCGCAGUGGUCUGGCAACGGCCUGGUCUCGUACUACAUGUUUGCGGUGCUCAAUAGCAUCGGCAUCGAAGACAGCAACCUCCAGCUGGUCAUCAACGGCGUGCUGCAGAUCUGCAACGCCAUCGUCGCCAUCAGCUUCUGCUUCUUCGUCGACAAGAUUGGCCGCCGCAAGCUCUUCCUCGGCUCUACCUUCGGCAUGAUGUUUUGCUUCAUCGUCUGGACCAUCUGCUCCGCCCGCUUCGACAUUGAGGGCCGCACCAACCACAAGAUGGGCAACGCCGUCGUCUUCAUGAUCUUCCUGUACUACGUCUGCUACAACAUGGCCUGGUCCGGCCUGUUGGUCGGCUACGCCGUCGAGAUCCUGCCGUACAACAUCCGCGCCAAGGGCAUGUGCAUCGUCUGGUUCACCGUCGACGCCGCCCUCUUCAUCAACACUUACGUCAACCCCAUCGCCCUCGACGACAUCGGAUGGAGGUACUACAUCGUCUACUGCAUCUGGCUCGGCAUCGAGUGCGCCGUCGUCUACUUCUUCUACAUCGAGACCCGCAACACGCCCCUCGAGGAAAUCGCCAAGCACUUUGACGGCGACGAUGCGGCCGUCGGUGGUGCCGCGGCCACGGAGAAGGGCAAGGUGCUGACGACCGAGAUGGCGCUGGGCACCGCGGAGAAGGCCCCGGUCAUCGAGCACAAGGAGAUCUAG